CCUGAACAGAGAGGUGAGAGAAAGACAGAGAAGAAGAGACAGAGAGAGGGAGACCAACUUACCAACAGCUGAAAAACCAUCGUACCAACAACAGAACAACCAUCUUACCAACAACAGAAAAACCAUCGUACCAACAACAGAACAACCAUCUUACCAACAACAGAACAACCAUCUUACCAACAACAGAACAACCAACAGCUGAACAACUUAACUUGCAGGAGGAAGAGGAGGAGCGUUUGACAAACAGGACGACCUGUAAGCCCACCUGGCGACCUCUUCACUGAGAUGCGAAGACGGUUCUCGAAGUCGGGGGUAAAGACCCCAAAAACCUCCGAACCCCAGGGAGUGCCUAUCCCGAUGUCUGCUGAACGACCCCAAACUUCCUCUGUAGCCUCUUCGCUUCCCACCCCAAGCCUUGCUGCAGCGCUAGCCCGGCGAAGGUUCACCCUGAGUGGGGCAGCUGACAGCCAGAACCAAGGACUGCCGGUCUACUGCAGAAUGCCAUUGUCUCGUAGCUUCCUGUCUGAAGACCAGUUCCAGUGUUCCAUCUGUCUGGAUAUCUUCAUAAACCCCGCCUCCACUCCAUGUGGACACUCCUUCUGCAUGGCCUGCAUUGGUCGGCACUGGGACGAUGCUAAGCUCUGCCAGUGUCCUCUCUGCAAAGAGACCUUUAAGAAGCGUCCGGACCUUCAGAUUAACCGGACCCUCAGGGAGAUCACAGAGCAGUUCAAAUCCAUGUCCGGGGUGUCUCGGUUGGGCAGCGGGACGUGGAGAGGUGUCCUUGGGGCUGGAGGAGGAGGAGGAGGACGAGGAAGAGGAGGGGGAGAGGACAGAGACCAUCAGGAUCCCAGCACCAUAGAGAGGGAGUGGAUGGACACUAAGACCCAGCUACAUAUGUCUGAGGCAGAGAUCCAUCAGCUGAUUCUACAGAGACAGAGGAAGAUGGAGGAGAUAAUGUCAUCACUGGCUCAACUACAGCUCUCAGUGGAACGUGAGACAGCAGGCGUCAUGUGUGUGUUCAGUGCGUUGGUGUGCGCGGUUGAGAGGUCGCAGGCUGAGCUCAUGGAGGUGAUUGAGAUUAGUAGGCAGUUGGCAGAGCACCAGGCGGACGAUGUGAUUCGUCAGCUAGAACAGGAAGUGAAUGAGCUCAGGAAGAGAAGCCACGCCCUCUCCCAGCUGGCCCAAUCAGACGACUACGUUCAUUGUAAAAAGAGCUACCCUGCACUCUGCACUCCUCCACCAAUCAGAGACUGGUCUGGGGUGUCGGUAAACUGUGACCUGGGAACGGGGCCCAUCUAUACAUCGCUGUCUGUCCUGGUCCAACGUUUCCAGGAAGAGAUCAGCAGGAUGGUUCAAUUUGGCGUACAAGUUCCAGUAGAAUCCUCUCCAAUACCACAGCCCAGUGAGUAUCUACACAUCAGAUCCUAUUUGUCACAUGCACCGAAUACAACAGGUGUGAAUAGACCUUACAGUGUAGGUAGACCUUACCGUGAAAUGCUGAAUACAACAGGUGUAGGUAGACCUUACCGUGAAAUGCUGAAUACAACAGGUGUAGGUAGACCUCACAGUGAAAUGCUGAAUACAACAGGUGUAGGUAGACCUUACAGUGAAAUGCUGAAUACAACAGGUGUAGGUAGACCUCACAGUGAAUUGCUGAAAACAACAGGUGUAGGUAGACCUUACAGUGAAAUGCUGAAUACAACAGGUGUAGUAGACCUUACAGUGAAAUGCUGAAUACAACAGGUGUAGUAGACCUCACAGUGAAAUGCUGAAUACAACAGGUGUAGUAGACCUCACAGUGAAAUGCUGAAUACAACAGGUGUAGUAGACCUUACAGUGAAAUGCUGAAUACAACAGGUGUAGGUAGACCUUACAGUGAAAUGCUGAAUACAACAGGUGUAGUAGACCUCACAGUGAAAUGCUGAAUACAACAGGUGUAGGUAGACCUCACAGUGAAAUGCUGAAUACAACAGGUGUAGUAGACCUUACAGUGAAAUGCUGAAUACAACAGGUGUAGUAGACCUUACAGUGAAAUGCUGAAUACAACAGGUGUAGUAGACCUUGCAGUGAAAUGCUGAAUACAACAGGUGUAGUAGACCUUACAGUGAAAUGCUGAAUACAACAGGUGUAGUAGACCUUAUAGUGAAAUGCUGAAUACAACAGGUGUAGUAGACCUUACAGUGAAAUGCUGAAUACAACAGGUGUAGUAGACCUUACAGUGAAAUGCUGAAUACAACAGGUGUAGGUAGACCUUAUAGUGAAAUGCUGAAUACAACAGGUGUAGUAGACCUUAUAGUGAAAUGCUGAA